AUGGAGAAUCCUAAAAUUCAAGAAGCGCGAGAAACACUGGAUGUUCUCCACGAAAUUGCCACAAUCUUAAAUGCUAAUAUUGAUCGCGAGACAAUAUCUCUAUGUGUUCAACUUUGUGAGGGGGGAGUAAAUCCAGAGGCACUGGCUGUUCCUGAAGGAGUUACUGUGACUGCUUCAUCAACCACAGGAGGUGAAAAUGUGGGUGCAACAACUACUGCAUCUGGGUCAGGAUCCAAAAAUUAA